GGUUGUUUUGAAUGAUUCCGACAGCGAAGAUGAGCUGCCGCCGGGAUGGGAGGAGAGAACGACAUUAGAUGGGAACGUUUAUUACGUGAAGUAAUCGAUGAUGAAAUCUUCAUUCCCGAAACGAUCUUUGAUCUCUCGACGAAGCCACUACACGAAGGGCACGCAGUGGACACAUCCUAGAACUGGCCGUAAAAAGAUAGUCAACGGAGAUUUACCACCUGGAUGGGAGAAAUGUAUAUCGGAUGACGGAAAAGUUCUAUACAUCGACCAUACAAAUCGUACAACAACCUACACCGAUCCACGAUUAGCAUUUGCCACAGAAUACAAAGAGAUGUCUCAAGUAUUGCGACAAAGAUUUGAUGGAAGUAGCACUGCCUUGGCGGUGUUACACGGCCGAGAUCUGCGCAACAAAGUUGCUCUUGUUACAGGAGCUAAUAUAGGCAUUGGAUUUGAAACAGCUAGAUCAUUAGCCUUACAUGGCUGCGAUGUAAUAUUAGCUUGUAGGGAUGUCGAGAAAGCUAAUGAAGCCAUAAAACUCAUUCAACAAGAGAAGGAGAGUGCAAAUUGUGUAGCUUUAAAAAUGGAUUUAUCAUCACUGAGCAGUGUGCGCGAAGCUGUCGAGCAGUUCAAGCAGAAAUUCAAGUCUCUGCACAUUCUUAUAUUAAACGCAGGCGUGUUUACACCACCUUAUGAACUUACAAAGGAUGGUUAUGAAUUGACAUUUCAAGUCAAUCACUUGUCGCAGUUUUAUUUAACGCUUUUGUUGGAACAAGCUAUAAAGAGUUCAAACAAUCCUAGGGUUGUAGUGGUUUCCAGCGAAUCUCACAGAUUUUCAUCGAUACGAACCCUAGAAGAUCUUCACCCGUUAACUCUGUCUCCGCCAGCGUAUAAAUAUUGGGGGAUGGGAGCGUACAACCUAUCGAAGUUCUGUAACGUUCUGUUCGCGCAGGAACUGGCACGGCAGUGGCCCUCCGUGGGCGUAUUUGCUUGUCAUCCCGGUAACAUGGUGUCUUCAUCACUAUCACGUUACUCGUGGCUAUUCCGAUUGUUGUUCGCCAUAGUACGGCCAUUCACGAAGUCAUUGCAACAAGCAGCGAGCACGCCUGUAUUCUGCGCUACUGCGCCCGAGUUGGAAGGUCUAACAGGUAGUUACUUCAAUAACUGUUGUCGUUGUCAACCGUCGAAUCCCUCACAGGAUCCAGAAUUAGCUGCACGAUUGUGGACUCUCAGUCAGGAUAUGAUAACAGAUGUUUUAAAGAGAGAUAAGAACAAUGGCGAAAAAUAAGAGUCAUCAUCAUCUUAAGCUCCACUAAUUGUUAGCGAAAAAGCUAAUGAAGCCACAAAAUGCAACAAGAGAAGGAGAAUGCAAAUUGUGUAGCUUUAAAAAUAGAUUUUUUAUCACUGAGCAGUGUGCGCGAAGCCGUCGAGCAAUUCAAACA